CUAUUCCUUCCACUGACACCAACGAUGGGGCACUAUUCCUCUCCCUUAUACCAAACGUGGCCAUUAUUCCUCCUGUUAAGACCAAUGAUAGGGCACUAUAUUCUUCCUACUGACAUCAUCGAUGGGGCACUGUUCCUUCUACCAAGACCAGUUAUUGAGCACUGCUCCUUCCACUGACACCAUUGAUGGGGCACUAUUUCUCUCAUUGAUGCCAACCAUGGAGGACUAUUCCUUUGGCUAUAACCAGAAAUGGGACACUAUUCCUCCCACUGACACCAAUGAUGGGUACAAUUCCUCACAUUGAUACCAAUGAUGGAGCACUAAUCCUACUAAAACCAACAAUGGGACGUUAUUCCUCCUGGUAAAACCAAUGAUGGGGCAUUGUUUACUCCCACGAAUGCUGGGACAUUUUCUACUUAAAAUGGACAC